AUUCCCCCGACAUCACCAUCCUCAUCAUCACCAUCCCACUCCCGCGGAACUCCACCACGAUGCUCAGCUCUGCUCAGUAGCAGCUUCAGCAGGCUGCAGGAGCACCGCGAGAGGACGACCGAAGAAACAGAUCCGCGUUUUGUGGUCUCGUCGAGUUAUUUUCAGUGAAAAGGUGCAACCUUCCCUGCACCCAUGAUUCCAGACGGAUCAGUCCGCGAGAGAGCGUCGAGGCUCUGAGUGAUGCAGUCUCUGUUCGGCGGGGGAGAGCUGGGGCUGCUGGGAGGAGGCGGUGACGCUGGCGGGCUGAAAGAGGAUGGCUGUGGCAGUGUGGUGUGGCGGUCCUCGCCCCUUCCCUCUGAUGACGUCUACUCCGCCUCCAACUUUACCCUCCUUACAGCCUAUCAGGACAUCAAGGCGAGGCUGGCCUCCCUGGAGAGAGAGAACACCAGCAUCAAGAGGAAGCUGAAGAUCUAUGAGAUUAAGUUCCCAAUGAUCAAUGAAUUUGGCGACGACACAAACUCCUACUGCUCCUUCGAGAGUAAGGAAACUGCACUUCUACACUCGGAGAACGGAAAUCUGCAGCAGAGAGUCAACAUCUUGACCCAUGAGCUUCAAAAGAGGAAGGAGAGGGAGGAGCAGCUGGAGGAUGUGAUCCAGGCCUACGAGAAGAUUCACAUGGAGAAGAGUAACUUGCAGAGGGAUCUUGAUAAAAUGAGCGGACUGGUGGAGAAACACGUGGAGCGAAUCUUGAGCCUGGAAUCUGCGCUCAGGCAGCGGGAGAACUCUCUGCAGAAGCUCAACAUGCAGCUGCACAGCAAAGACAUGCAGUAUUUGCAGCUGCACGCCGGCCCCGACGCGCACAUGCUCGACUGUCCGGCCAUGACCCUUCAGAGCUCGCGCAGCCUGGAUACUUUGUCGGACCUGAAGCUGCAGCGUCUGGAGGCGGAGCUAGAAGGGGUGCGGCAUGAGGCGCAGGGUGCGUGUCAACGGGAAGAGGACCUGAAGGCCGAGUGUGAGCGACUGAAGGAGGACAUCAGGCACCUGCAGAACAGUCAGAGGGAGCGAGACUUGAAUUCACCAUGCAAGCAGUGUGAUGUGGAGUGGAUCAAGAAAGUGGGAGACGAACAGGUGAAUCUAGCACUGGCGUACACAGAGUUAACCGAGGAGCUCAGUCGCCUGCAGACACUGAGCUCCAAGCAGACAGAAAUCCUGAGGAAAGCCUCUCAUGAGCAGACGAGUCCAGUCCAACGUCACUCCCCCAUCCACCACCAACGUCACUCUCCAGUCUCCCAGCGCCACUCACCGAUCUUACAGCGCCACUCUCCGGUUGCUCCUCCGACGCAUCACUCCCCCAUCCAACAGAGACGCUCCCCAGUGCUGCAGCGCCUCUCGCCAGACAUGCACCGACGCUCGCCACUGUUGGACAUUAGUGACGGACCAGCUUCAUACUCCUGCCGCCCUCCCAGCCAGCACCUGAGGGCAAGUUUCCAGGGUCGCCGAAGUUACUCAGAGGUCACUGACCCUUCCAUGUACCAGUGUCCACCACGUUUCUCUUUGGACCCAGUGUCCACGCUGCCUAAACCACGGCCGUUUGUAGACAGCUACACCAAACCCCAGGCCCAACAUGUGACCUCUCCUCAUGGACUUCCACACAGACGAUCACCAUCCCCUCAUCAGGGAGCCACCGGAGGAGACGAAAGCUCCAUGCGACUCUCGAGAGAGAUGCCUUUUCCUCUCUCUGAGGUCGCCCACCUUCACUUUGAGCCACCACCGCCAUCCACCCCGGCAUCCCAGCCGCCACAGUCCUCUGAGGAUGAGGAGGACUGGACCGGUCAGCACACCAUCAGUCCACCCCGAACUCUGGGUGUGCUGUCCCCCACAGCGACCAGCGGCACAAUGAGAAGUCCUUCAUCUGGCGCUGCCUUCCCUCAGCGGUCCAACACUUUGAGCUGCCACCCACAGUCGGGCUAUGUCUCUGCUGAGCAUGCCCAGUCCUGGCCAUCCAUUAAUCUCUGGAUGGAGACGGAAGAGAGCGACAUGCGUAGCUGCCCUCUCUGUCAGCUGAUAUUCCCCGUUGGAUACCCCGAUGACGCCCUCAUCAAGCACAUUGACUCCCACUUGGAGAACAGCAAAAUCUGAUAUCUCACCUGGGAGAGAGAAGAUCCUGCUCACUCCACAUGCUUCAGCAGUGAGGUCCACACGCAGCACCGGGGUCGGUAUUCCUUGGGUUAAUGAGUCUUACUGCCUUGGAACAGUGUGUGCUCAGUCUCUGUGGAUGGUUGCGACCCAUGUUGAGUUCAGUUCUGGCUGACAUUGGUCCUAUUGCCAUCUGAGCUGGAGAGAUGGAGAGCUCCGCAACGCAACAUUCAGGGAGUCAUCUUCUGUCGCGACCUUCUCCACCACUUAGCUUUAAAUAUUGUACUCAGAGUUUUAUCCGUCACAAGUGUAAACGCCCUCCUUUAGAUGUUCUUAUUAACCUUGGUUAAAAAAAAGCAGAAGAAAAAUAGAAUGUCAAUUAUCUGCUUUCAACUUCAAAAGGGAAGAGUGUGUACAAUAAGAGUCUUCAUGUGAUUCUUGAAUGAUUCUUAAGACUAAGUGCAAGUCAUUCUCAAGUCGCGAUUUUACUCGGAGAAACACCUGCAUUCAGCUAAAAACUAAAAACCAAAAAAACACAUCUGGAAAUAUCUUAAAUAGUGAAGUAGAGAGUUUUGAUUUUAAUCUGAUGCUUUCUGCAUGAACAAAUGACACGACCUACUAGAAAACUGUCACAAACACUAAGUUAUUACUGUAAGUAAAUGUUGAGGAUUUAAAUUUGUUGUAAAUUCCUGUAAAUUCUUUUUUCUCCCCCAGAACGGCGCUGGUAAGUUACAAUGUUCCUCCUAUAUUAUGCAUGAUAAACAUAACCAGGAUCAAAUCAUUUUUUUGAUUUGAUGACUAUGGAGACAAGUUCCGUAUGAAUGAGUGAAUGAAAUAUACAGGAAGUCCAUUUACUGAAAUGCGAAAUGUUUCGGAACAUAAACUCGGGAUCCUCCGGAAUCUGUAUUUCCCAGUCAGAUCGGCACAUUUGUGUGAUGUUAACUACCAUAAAGACCUAUUGAGUGUCCUGUAGAACAAACAUUCCAGACUCACCUCUUUCCAAUAACCAUUGAAAGCUAAUGAAUGUGAAAGUGCAGUGUUGAUGUCGUCCUGCAGGGCGGGGCCGCAGCUCUGACUUACAAGUUGUCAGAAAGCUUGCCAGGUGAGGAGAAUCUUAAGAGCACUUUACGUUAGUACAGCCUGUUCUUUUCUACUACUUUUUUGAUUCUCUUGUCGAUCUGUGAGGCAAAAAAAAAGAGGAUAUAUUUUUGCAAAUGUUGAAGCACCUCAAGUGUGAUGGUCAUGUGUUUUUCUCUCUUGGUCUUUCACACCUGAUGUAAAGACACACUUGUUUCUGUACAAAGACAAAAACUGGGAUUCUCUCAGUCUUGUUAGAUUUGUGUUGCUGCUGACUGUUGAUGUCAGAACUGCCCAAGCGACGUGACACAAGUCAGUAGAGAGAAGAGAGCAGAUGUGUUUUCUGUGCCUGCUGAUGAAUUAUGAAUACUGCACUGGCUUGAUGAUGACUGUACAGCAAUCAGCCAUAUGAUUAUGACCACCUGCCUAAUGGGUCAGUUCAAUGUUAGGCCACAUGGUUCAGUCUAGCACAGCUGAAAAUGCAAGUAUGAGCAUGUCAAAUAUUCAGUUGUCACCUGUCUGUUGGGUCCCGUUUCUCCUGUUCGGUGCAGUCGCCAGUGAGUGGAGUGGAACGGAAGAAAUAUUUUAUUUAUUUAGAGUUGUUGGUUUAUAUUUCAGUGUUGAAUAUCUGGGACAUUUGUUAACACUUGAAGAACAUUUUAGUAUAAGUGAAUGCAUAUAUCCAGUAAAGUUUAGCUGUUGGAUGAGUGCAGUGUUUCUUUUGGAAAGUAAGUCUUUGACGGUGUUGGAGAAAAGACACGUGAAGAAUGAAAAGACAAUGAAGAAACCAAAGUUAGGUUUUGCUAUCCUAAUCACGAUAGCUGGUCAACUAGGAGUCCACCACAUCAAUAAGGGGAUGAGCAACUGAGUUCUGCAGCUCAUGCGUUGCUCCAUAUUUAAGAAGCAAAAGCAGUAAACAUUCAUGAACAAGUCCAAAGCAAAGGACCCUUACAUUUACAAUUCAAGCAACCAAAUCUCCUGGGUGUAUGCCACCUACACUUCGAAUGACCCUGGUUUGCUACUUGUCUUUCUUUUGAAAGCUACUGACCAACCAGGACAAGUGCUACUAUUUAUUUAGCAGCAGGUUGACAUGGUUAGGUAGCUGGCCUUGAUCUUGUGGCUGCUUGCUGUGUUUUCUGCCGUCCAAACAUGGUGCGGUGCGUCACAAGUUUUAAUUAUCGGCAGGGUUUAACUUUAUUUUCAUAUGUGGAUUCCAUAUUUAUUUACAGGACUACUGUGCACGGUAUGUUAAACUUGUCUUUGAAAAAAACUAAAAAAAAAAACUAAAAGAAACAAACAAAAAAUGUUGAUGUCAGCUGACCUGAGGUAAGCUAUUUCUCCAACUUAUGCAGUUUCUUUCGCCCCUCGAGAAUACCAAUGUGGUGGAUAAGAGGCGGGCGAUGUGGAAGACAGAUUAAACUUCACCACCUUCACCACCAGCUUCUCUGGAGAGAGGGCUGCUGUGAUCUGACCUAGAUUGUGACUAGGUGGAGGGUCAGCUUUCUUGCCAAGUCUUGAUAACUACCACUUUUUAGUCAUAUAAAACACCUUUAAGUUCAUUCACAAAAAAAAAUAAAUAAAUAAAAUACAACAUAAAAGUCAGCCAUCAGUCAAGCAGAGAACAAACUACCUUAUUCCAAAACUGAAUGACGAGGGCUUAAACGUUUGCUUUGUCUCAAAUGAAUAUUUCUAUAGUAUGUACCAAUACCACCUUGUAUCAUACACAAAACAUAUUUUAAUCCAUGUACAGAUACAGAUAUAUAUAUAUACACAUGUAAAAUUACUGGGACUCAUUAUUUGUACUCUGUAAUUGGAGCAGUUGUACAUGAACAAACUAUAUUUCAAGUAUAGCCACUUAACCUUCUUCAGUCACCUCACACUCUAAUAGGCAGCUAAACUUGCACCCCUUGUACAUGCGUAGUUUCUAAGUCUGCAGUUCUAUCUACUGCCCACCAUGUACUGCUGCUGUUUCACAGUCAGAGCUGGAGCAGAACCUGAAGUCCUGAUGUGGUUCUGUUGAAGCUCAGCGGUGAAACUGAGCGUCUGCAGUGCUGUAACCAACACCACCCACAGCACGGCAACAACGUUCUGUCACCUUUCUUUCUGUAUAUAUACGAUUAAAUAAACUGCCACUUGCCCUGAAA